AGGUCUAGAGUGGUCCCGUUGCACCUUUUAGCAGAGGAUGAGUCGUGAGUCCAUGCAGACCCUCGCAGACCCCUUGUUACGACACAAGAUGCCCUUGUUUGAUGGGACGAUGGAGUCCGUGGAACUCUCAAAGCCACAAGCUAUGCCUGGUUUCCUGGGGAAGCAAAAGCUGCAGUACAACGGAGCCUAUUUCACUUACGAGCCCUCGAUGAAGGAUGGUGCAGGAUUCACCCCUCCUUGGGGCAACUCCAAGACCUCUCCUCUGGAUGACAGGAGUCCCGUGAGUCACCUCCCUGGUAUGGUGGUGCAAAACCACAUGCUAUACAGGAAAGAUGGCAUUUCUGCUGAGGAAAGCCUGUCUCGCUUGUCCCCUACAUGUCACGCCCCUGUGAAAAAAGGUUUUAUGCCAUACACUAAAAGUCCAGAGGUCAGCAGUCCAGCCGUUGCCUCACCUGUCAUUAUUCGAAAACCAAUGGCAGGAGGUGAAAGUUCAAUCUCUCCAUCUCAAAACCCUGUUUACAUAGCRAUCCCUAAGCCAGUUUAUGGACUUAAUCCCUGCUGUAAUGAGCUGGGUUGUGUGAUAGGACAGAGAUACGGCGUGGAGCACGUCUCUCCAAGGAUGCCCAACGACUGGAUGCAAACCAACGGGCAUUACGCUGAAAACCCUCCCAGUCAGAGGAAAGAGGUGCUGCUGCAGCAGAAAGACUUACAGUUUGAGUGCAGCGCAGAGCAGCUGAAGAGGAUGACUGCGGAGGCGUACAGCCCAAACCGGGCCAGGACUUUACCUUCCAUGAUCGAAGCGAGUUACAGCUACCCCUGCGCCCCGACCCGCUCGCUGUUCAGCUCCCAGAGAGAGCACAGCGGCCAGCCUCUCCAGACUGCUCCCGGAGGCUACCCYGGCUUGUACGCCUCUCGUCCCACAUACGAGCACAGGGCCUCAGAGGUUUAUCAGGAAUGCUCUCCUAUGUCCAAAUAUGGUCAGCUCGCACAGCGCCCAGUGUUUUACUACACGCAGACAAACGGAGAGGUAGAAAGCAGGACACAGAAAAAAGACAGUGGCAGCAAGCACGGGGACGGUACCCGAGUUUUUCACAAACACCCACUCUCAAACCCUCAGGAGCAUUACGCCGUGCCUCGGACACAUCGCACCGAAAUUCCUUUGUCUUGCAACGUUGAAAUGUUGCCAAGUCAUUCUCUCAUACGGGGGUUUGACUAUCCCUGUUACGCACUUCCGGGAAUUCACAACCAAAUCAGAGCCCCCUUAAAAAGGCAGCACUCGCUGUCAGCUUUUCACCCGAGCCACUUCAACGUGUCUCCAACCAGGCAGCAUACAGACCACCCUACAGCCAAGGAGAAGGCCUGCGYGGGCCUGCACGUCAACCAGCUGCACAGUUCCUCGUCGUUCCUACGAGUGGAGCAGCGCAGCCCCACCAGGCGCGUAAACCCAGCGGACGCCUCGCCGUCCAGCGUGCAAGCCGGCACGUUUUUCCAGCCGUUCGCCGGCCUGCGCGUGGACGCGCCCGUCCUCCCGCCAGCCGGCGUCCACCUYGAAAGACUCUUAGAACAUCCCUGCUGCGAAGCUCAAGUGAGACCGCCAAAAGGCCUGCCCGUUUCGGGUCACGGUCCGGAUCGAAUCCACGCAGCCGCGCAUCACAACGCAAACACCCGCAAAAUCAUGUACUCGCCUGCCGCGACGACAGGRAGUAAGCACAAAGGGCUUGUCUCCCCUUCAGGACCCACUGAUCAGAAAAAGUCCUUAAAGAGACGCAUUUCUCGCUCAUCCUCCCCUGUCAAAAUAAAAGAGGAGGAUAAGGAUUUGUAUGAGGUGGAAUGCACCAACAAGCGACAAAAGGUGGAAAAUGAGAACGUCAAAACGAGCCACAAAACCGACUCUCCUCCCAUGCCAGUUAUUAACAAYGUAUUCAGCUUGGCACCUUAUCAAUCGCAGCUGCAAGAGCUGAGGGUGUUAAGUGCAGGCAGAGUACCUCAGAAAUCCACUCAKCCAGAAGAGCAGGAAGAGAAACUCAGGCAAAAUGUCAAAGAAAAGAAGCCUGAUCAAAAUGAUCAGCAGCCUGUCUGYCUAGUUUCGAAAGAAAUUUCCUUGAAUUCUCCAGUAGAGAAAAGUGACACCGAAGUCUUUGACCCCAAAAGGGUUAAAGUAGAAAAGGUGGGUUUGUUAGAUGUAGGCAAAUGUAAAGAGAGCCACAACACGCACAGCAAAGUGACAAUCAAGAAAGAGCCCAAAGACACAGGUUCACCUGACAGUGUACCCUCGACACUGAAAGAGGAGUGUAAAUCGAAUGAACCGGAAAGUAAGCUUUUACACGCAGGUGGAACGYCAACUCCAGAUGAGCUGAAACCUGCUGAGGUCACAACACAAACAAACCCGUCUUCUCUAGAAGAAGUGCUGCACAAACAGACGAUCACCCUUCAGCCGCAGUCUGUUACGCUUCAUCCACCCGAGAGCAAAGUCAGUUUCAAAAGCAUUCCCCCUCACUGUCUGAAACUUUCCACCUACAACAUWAUUCUACCUGACGGCAAACACUGCAGGACUCUUCCACAAGCAGAGCAGAAGCCAUCGCCACAGCCGCUGACCGUGCUCACAACCCGACAAGAACUCCAAACGCCCGUCCGCAAGCACUUCCUCGAGCUGCACCAGUCGCUCUGCAACUUAAUCACCGAAUGUGUCUCGGCCUCUCCGGAGCAGGACCUCAAAAACUGGCUGUCCAAGCUGGAAAUCACCGAGUCGGACAAAGUCCAGAAGGUGUCCUGCCUGCUGGGAGGACAGGCGAGAGAGGCGUGGAUCAACGAGGAGAUCAAAACGGCCCUCCGCGAGGUCCUGGAGCGGCUGCGGGAGUACGCCGCCCAGAGGCGCUGCCCGUUCCCGCACGUGAUGCGGACGGGCGCCGUGUUCCUGCCCAUGCUGGUGGUGAAGGAGCAGCUGUUCCCCAUGGUGCAGAGCAGCUUCAUCGACAAGGUGCUGCAGGAGCACAAGGUGGAGCUGCGACCCACCACGCUCUCCGAGGAGAAGAUCCUCAUCCAGCUGCACAAGCGGGCCUGCUCCUCCAGGCUCCGGAGGCUGAUGUCGCUCAAACACCUGCCCGACAUCUACACGGAGACGCUCAACCUGCUGUACUACACCUGCGUCUGCAAACACCUGGGAUUAAACGUGGAUCCAGUUUACAAAGACCAAGACGGGAAGUCUGGAGCGCUGAACAGCAGCGGCGCUCCUGCGAUUUUAGAUGCCACCGCUUCCCCAGCCUCGCCUUUGGAGCCGCGGCGUCAUCGGCGAAGCUCGAAGGAAAGGCCUCCCGACGAGAACACGACCAAAAGCAGAGCGAAGAGCAGUUCGAGGCGUGGGUUUCUGAGCAAAACUGUGGAUGAGAAACGAGUGGGUGACGCCGCAGAGACCAGUGUUGAAAGCACAGAGCUGGACAACUCGUGGACACGUCCUCUAACGAUGGACGAGCUGUCUCCCAGCGACGCAGAAACUGAGACCUCCUCAGUUGUGUCGCCCGACAGUCGACCCUCGGAGCCUCAGGUCCAACCCAGGCGCUGCUCAGGCAUGAUUCUCAAACUGAGGAAGAUGCUCGGAGGGGGUCUGAAGAGAAAGAAAGCCUGCUACGAAGCGGUGUCGGAAUGCGGGACAGCUUGCGAGUCUUUAUUACCACACAGUGACGUCGGAGACGGGGGAAGCAGCAACAAGCGUCUGCAGAAGACACCCGAGGUAACACACAAGUGGAAGGGCAAAAGAAGCUUCUCGCAUGCCUUCAGGUCUCUGGGCGGCACCUCUAACCCAAACCGCAGAUCCCUCCUGAAGAACAAAUACUGCCCCUUCCUGUCGGCCAGCCACAGGAGGCGCCUGGUCCUGCGCUCGGCCGUGCAGCAGGCUCGCAGGGCCAUGAGGAGCUGCUACCCGGACUUGGUGGGGAAGAGGAUUCAACAUCUUUAUGAGGAGGACGACAAGUCCGAGGUGUGGUACAGAGGGGAGGUGCUGCGCGUCCACGAGGCUCACGCCAACCCCCUGAAGACCAUAUUUGAGGUCCGGUAUGACAGCGAGCCUGAGUGGAAGUACUACCUGGAGCUGCUGAUCGAUUAUAAGAAAGGCUGGCUGAAAAUUGAAGACUAGUUUUAGUCACGUGGUUACUGAGUGCAACAAAAGAGAAUUAGUUUUUUUUUUGGGGGGGUGGGGGGGGGGUGGGUGGGUAUGAGAUCAUAAGAUCAAACUCCAAAACACCUUCUUGUAAACAAAUUGUGAGAAAAGUUGUAAAAAGGAAAUUUGCAGUAAUGUUUAUGCACACAUAAGGGAUAUUUUUUUCAAAAAUACAGCACCACAAAGUUGUCGAUGUUUACAAUCGUAUGUUUUCAGAGUGAUUUAAUUUUAUUUUUUUAAACCCAUGACUUAUUUUUUAUUAAAUCUUGACAGGCAUUAAGGUACUUCAUAUCAUGCUGCUCUAUUUAAAGACAGAUGGUCCAAGCAUGUUGACUCUACAUCAACACAAUGACGUUUUCUCUACAGUUUUGUACGACUUUUUUUUUACUGAACUGUUUGACGGUCCUUAAGUUCUUAAAUGUUUUAUACCGCCUGUGUGUCCCCUUUUAUUAGACUACAAAUGUGCACAAGUGGUAAAAAAAAGGGGGAACUGUUAGCAUUUUCCCCCCACUGUAUUAAAUACARCUGGUAUAAUUCAAAAUUGUUUUGUCUGUUGUUUGGAGGUCUUCUAAAAACUUGUUUAAAAAUGUGCAAUAGCUUCAAUUUUUAAAACCGGCAGCCAAAAAAAGCACAACUUUUAAGCUAAAAGAAGUUUGUCACCAUCCUGUGGGAGAAAGCACAGCUGCAUGUUUUCCACUGCACAACAUUAAAGCUACUUUGUUUUGAGGUGAGUUUUUUUCUACUAGGAAUAAUAAUAAAAAAAAAAAGAUGCCACAACAAACAUUUUGUCAAUCAACCACCCAGGACAGAACGUUUGCAACAUCUUGCACUUUAAUGUUUUUUUUUCUCCAAAACAAACAUCUACUCCCCCCCCCCAACAUUUUUACACUAAUAGGAAAUAAAACAUCUUUAAUAGCAUUAAAGAAAAAAUAUGUAGAAAAGUAUUAAAAGUUUUUGGAUGUCUUGUUUUUUUUUUUCUUCUUCAAAUGCAGGUUCUUUAACUUCACACUUAGGAGUUGAGAUGGUCGUGAACUAGCAGACUGAAAACAGAGUGAGCCCCGGAGAGCAGAUGGAGCGAAUGAUUCCAGCUUUAGCUGCUGUUACUGCAGGAUUAAAAAAAAGCCCACUUUUCAUUAAAAAGAAAAAAAAAAUAGUACAAUCUGCAAGCAAACCUGGUGCACAAAGCUAUUAUUUAAACCAAAAAUGAAUACUCAUUAAAAGUCAAAAGGGUUUUCUCGCUCUUGUGGAAGACGCAGCUCUGCCACAGUCUGUAGUAAACUAUGCAACAUACACAGUGUAGAAAUGCUCCAUAGAUGUUUGGUUAUUAAAACUCAAGACCAAACCUACUCUAAUGACACACACAGUACUCCCAAACAUGAGAUUUCUUAUGACAUUUAUUCAAAUAAACAAUACAGUUUAUAAUUUGCUAGGAUAAAAUAAGUUGGAACACAUAAGAAGCAUUUGGGAUAGAAUUCUCCCAAAGAUCUGAAACUAGGGCAAAAGAUGUAUUUUAAUGAUGGCUGACACUUUGGUGUCAUCCUUUCUGACUUGCAUCAGUGCCUGCAGUAAUCAUGCCCCCCUCCCUCCAGUCAACCCUGUGAAGACAUGAACCAGCAUUUUAUGAGCAGAGAGCUUGACAACCAGAGCAGCCAUCACACAGAACAAGGUGAAACCCUGGAGGGGCACUGACAUUUCAACGUUGAAACCUCAACCCACGUAUGAAAAAAACAAAAACACUGUCUUUUAAUGCAGCAUUACAAAACACCUCUACGGCCUUUUAGAUGYUUACCCUAUAUUCCUCAUCUGCUUUUGGAUGACUCCAGUCUAUCUGCGCAUCCUGGUUUAAAGCCAAGUUCAGUCUCAUAAGUGAGGCAACAAGAGAUCUCUUCAAAGAGCAACUUUCUGCCUCCCGCUGUCUAAGCGUUACCUGCACGAGUGAUGUCAAAGGCCCGCCCCUCUUUAACAGGGGCGGGGCCCCCAAAGUUGUAGCAUUAGAAAAAAAAAAAA